UUUCCUUUUUCCGUGUUCUGGCAACACUGUAUCAGUGGUAGAGAGCGUAACAUCAACAUAUAUUUUUGACAUUUUCCAAUUUCCAAAAAAAAAAUUAUAUUUAGACAUUCCGUUCGGCCUACAUACUGUCGCGAUUAAGAGCACUUUUACCGAAACAAAAAAACCAUUUGUUCGGCCGAACAUUUAAAUGAUAUUUUCAUCUUAAAUUGAACACAACAAUGACCAGCCUCGAUCAAUUAACGUCCGAUUGGGAAGAGUUGUCCAAUGAAUACAAGGAUCUCGAAGUGGUUAACACCAAUUAUUUGGAACUGUUAGAAGGUCUAUACUCACUGCAACAGAAAUGUACAAAAGACAUCCAACAUCAACGGUAUCGGCUUAGUCAAAUUUCCAGCAACCUAAAAACUUAUCAAAACAAAAACAUCACAACACCAGACGACCGUGAAGUGUUAGCUGAACUUAAGAAAAAUGUAAUGAAAAGGAAGGCACAACUGUACGAAAUCGAACAAUCGUUGCCGCAAAAGAAUAGCUUGUAUUUGAAGAUCAUUCUGGGCAAUGUGAACGUUUCCAUACUGAAUCGCAACGACAAAGUGCGAUACAAAGACGACUAUGAGAAAUUCAAAUUAAUUUUGAAUGGAAUUGGCCUGUUCAUGGCCAUAAUUAAUUUGCUGUUCAACAACCGGGCUCUGGAGCUGUCGUUCAUAUUCCUGUUGGUCUGGUAUUACUGUACGUUGACGAUCCGCGAAUCCAUUUUAAAGGUGAACGGUUCACGCAUCAAGGGAUGGUGGCGGGCUCAUCACUUCAUAUCAACAGUCUGCGCAGGUGUAUUACUGGUAUGGCCUCAGGGUGAACCGUGGCAGCUGUUUCGGCAUAAAUUUAUGUAUUUCAAUGCAUACAUCAGUUUCGUUCAAUAUCUACAGUUCAGGUACCAGAAAGGCGUACUGUAUCGAUUAAAGGCACUCGGCGAACGUCACAAUAUGGACAUUACCAUUGAAGGUUUUCAUUCGUGGAUGUGGCGUGGACUGAGCUUUCUACUGCCAUUCCUAUUCGCUGGCUACGUCUAUCAAGCUUACAAUUCCUGGACAUUGUAUCAAUUAUCAUUCCACAAAGAUGCGCCCUGGCAGGUGCUUGCGUUGAGCAUUUUGUUUUUCAUACUGUUCGUCGGUAACACAACAACGACACUGCUGGUCGUACCACAAAAGAUCCGAGAAAGAAUGAAGGAACGCUACCGUCUGAUGAGCUUAUCAUGGUCGAUGAAGGCAAGGCGGAAAAUUCGGGGAGACAAAGGUCUUUCCAGAACCUCGUCAGAUGCCAAAGAAGAACGGAAAGAGUUCACAACAGAAGCUGAGAAGAAAUCUUCUUAAAUGCAGUGCGAUAUCAACUUGGUCUUUUGUCUCUAUUCUACACAAAUUUAAUGGUACCGGCGUCGUUUUCUGAUCGUAAUUUAUUGAAUUUGGUUUUAUUGUAAUUUUUAUUUCGUUUUUUUUUAACCUGAAAUUUGUUUAAUGUUUUGCAAUUUAAAAUACAAUUUGAAAGAAACAAAAAAUG